AUGCUGGAGCUGAUAGAACGGAAGGCGAGCGGGAUCUCCUGGCCAAGUUGCCGCGGCCGAAACCUGGAAUCCUUGGGCAAAGAUCCGAGGAGGGUGUUCUUCCUCCGACGAGAUAGAGCGUGUCCUCGAGAGAAACGAUGGAGAAGAGAGAACGGUGGUUUGCUGUGCUCCCUGGGACAGCUGGGAUGCAGCGAGUCCUACACCCCCGACACACUGGGCACGUGGAAGUUUCACAGGGUGUCUCGUCCGAGGUAAACCUUAGAAAGAAAAUCGAGCGUUACUCGGGAGAAGAAACCUUAGAAGAAACGAGUUGGAGAGAAUAGUAGGAAGGAACGCCUUGCGAAGAAACAGUGCAUCAUCUAGAGUUUUACUCGUUCCUUCCUCGUCGAAAUUUCGUCUUGCGCAAUUGAGAUUCCUUCGUGCAGCCCCCGUUGUGAGUCGUCUUGUUUCCUUGUGAAGACAAUCCUUAGCGACGAGAUCGAACGCGACGAUUUGUAUUCGCUCUCCCGUGGCAACGUGUAUGUUUCGUAGCGAACAGCCGAGGCACGCGAACCUCGUUACCGCUGUGACGAUGCAAAAGCGCAAUAGAGAAAGUAAUAGUGAAAGGUAAAGUGCGUGGGCGACAGUCGCAGGUGCGUGGUGGUUCUGCUUGCGUCGACUUGAGUCGCUCUACGUCGGGUCAGGGACGCACUUCGCGUAUUCUCUCUCUCUCUGUCUCUCCCUUCCUCUGUUGCAUUUUCCUCCCUUUUUUUUUUAUAGACUACCCUUUGCAACUAGAAACUUUCUUAACUCCCUCUCUCGGCGGGAUAUUUGAAAUGAAACAGUUGCCUGUAAGAAAUGUGUAUCAUUUAUUGGAACUAUCGUUAUAGAAAUUUCAUAACAAUUUAUUUAUUUUAACACAUCAAUAUGACUGACUUCAGAGUGCUUAAAAAAGAUCGAAAUUAAUGUUACUUUUUGUUUGAACAGAAGCAUAAUUGUAUAAAUCUGUUCGUUAUAGUGGUCGUUUAAAUUAUUUAAAUGAUUUAUAUGUAGAAUAUUUUGA